AUCUUAUCUUAUCGAUACUCAUUAAUACGCGCCCAAGCAGUUUCACUGACCGCGUCGCGGGAAUCUUUGCGCAGGCACAAUGCUUGACAACGUGCAUAUAACUCCAAGGAGUAACACCAUAGCAGCGAGCCUGAGCACGCGCGAUGGAGGAGCAGUCGAUAACGGCAAUCAAAGCCGCCUUCAUACGCUCUCAGGUCCGACACCUCUCCACGCCCCUGGAGCUUUCGACCCAAUGGCGCGAUCUAGCAGCCGAUCCAGACCAAGACAAAUUCAGCGACAAGAGCAUACAAACUGUCAUCGCUAAAGUUAACGAGAAGAUCAAACAGCACAAUCGUAUGGUCUUCUCGCAGCAGUCGCAACGUCUAGUCGCUGAACAAAUCGAGUCACUACACUGGACCUUGGUGGACGCCGAGAAUAAACACGCAGAGACAAACAUUGUCAUUGUCAAGAGAGACGCAGAUCUAACGGACGCCUCGGACAUUGAUGCCCUCCCAGAGGCAUAUGAGGACUUGUACCUCAAUCCGGACCACGACCAAGAUCGUGCGACAGACGUAGAAGCAUCGCACGCCGAGACCUAUACGACCUUGCGCGAGAAAUUGAGCGAGCUAGCCCGCGAAAGAGACGCAAUGAGACAGCGACUGUCCAGACACAAAUACCUGCAGAAGCUGUUGGAGCCGCUGGACAACCCGCAGGCCAGUGUUCAGCCGAAUCUGGUCGCUCGAGACGGGGAGAUGAGCAAAGAGCUCGAUCGGAUGAGAGUACUGCUUGCACGGGUCACGGCAAAGGUAUCUGAUAUGGACAAGACGAAACAACACAACAUCAGGCAACCAGGGUGAAAGAGAACGCAAUGGUUGGACGUUUUGACGCAAGCCCUAUCUAACACCACAUUCUAUCACCGGCUAU